UUGUGUCUCCUGCCCGGCGUGAGCGAGAGGGCUCCUUGGCAAAGGGGCUGCUAGUGCAGCAUCCCGGCAAGCUGCUCUGGUUUGCUGCAGGGGGUGGCUGGGAGCAGGGAGGGAUGAAUGGAAGGGGCCCAGAGGAGCGGUGUCUGCAGCCGGGAGGUCUGUUCUCUUCCUGUGGAAGCAGCUAAAGAAGCAGCCGUCUGAUUCUGGGCCCUGGGCAGGGCGGAAAGGGAGGGUUACUGAGGGAUUCCCAGCCCUUUGCUGGAAACAGAGCCGCUUGCAAAAGGAGGAAGCCAGCAGAGGAGCUGCACAAAGGCUUGGGGGUGAAGAGCAGGUCUCUGGGCACCUGCAUGAGCCGAGGGGUAGUCCAGCCCUGGGCACCAGGAGGCUGUUCCCAGGCAAUGCAUCUCAGAGCAGGGCUCUUCCUGGGCCUCUGGCUGCUCCUGGCCCCCAGCCUUGCAGAACCCAGCCCUGGGUCUGGAGCAGCCACCCUGGCCAUUGUCUUUGAUGUCACUGGCUCCAUGUAUGACGACUUGAUGCAAGUGAUAGAAGGAGCAUCCCGGAUCAUGGAGAAGACCCUCAGCAAGGCUACAAAAGCCAUUAGCAACUAUGUGUUGGUCCCCUUUCAUGACCCAGAGAUUGGGCCAGCUUUCAUCACGGCGGAUCCCAGGGAAUUCCAGCGAGAGCUCAGCGAGCUCUAUGUUCAGGGUGGAGGGGACUGCCCGGAGAUGAGCGUGGGCGCUAUCCAGCUGGCCGUGGAGAUCUCGCACCCGGGAUCCUUCAUUUAUGUCUUCUCGGAUGCACGGGCCAAGGACUAUGCACAGAAGCAGGAAGUGCUGCGGCUCCUGCAGCUCAAGCAGUCCCAGGUCGUGUUUGUGCUGACGGGGGACUGUGGGGACAGAAGUCAUCCUGGGUACCAGGUGUACGAAGAAAUCGCUGCUACCAGCUCGGGGCAGAUAUUCCACCUGGAUAAACAGCAAGUGAAGGAGGUGUUGAAGUGGGUCGAAGAAGCCAUCCAGGCCUCAAAGGUCCACCUGUUGUCCACUGACCACGAGCGUGGUGGGGAACGCACGUGGCUACUCCCCUUUGACCCCAGCCUGAAGAAGGUCACUAUCUCCCUGAGUGGCCCUGCUCCAGAGAUUGAAGUCAGGGACCCGACAGGUAGGAUCCUUCAGAAGCGCUGGGGGCUGAAGGAGCUUCUCAACAUCCCGGACUCUGCCAAGGUGGUGUCAUUCAAGCCUUACAUGCCGGGCAUGUGGUCAGUCAAGGUUGGCAGCAGCGACCGCCACUCAGUGAGAAUCACGGGAGUCAGCAACAUCGACUUUCGAGCCAGCUUCUCCAGCCAGCCUACGUUUGACCUGAACCACCCUGAAGAACGGCCUGUCCAAGGACUUCCGAUCUCCAUGAUGGUUAACUGCAGCGGCCUCAAGCCCCCGGGGCAUCUGAAGGCUGUUGAGCUGCGUAACACCUCUGGCCAGCCCCUCUUGUCCCUGCCCACAUGGCGUUUGUCCAAUGGCUCCUCUGGCCAGCUCUGGGUGGGACCCCCAUUCCAGGCUCCUGCUGGGAGCUUCUUGCUGCAAGUGAAGGGGGAAGAUUCAGAGGGACACCCACUGCAGCGUCUCUCUGGAGUUGCCUACACCAGCGUGGUCCCAGGUCUACCCAAAGUGAACAUGCCUGGAAAAAUCCAAGCGUACAAUCAGGAGCCUCUGCUGAUCACCUGCUCUGCCCAGAGUGAGCUCCCUUUCCGACUGCAGCUCAGUCGGGGUGGGAAGAAGCUGGGCAAAGAGCGGCUUCUCAGGAGCUCUGGGAACAGCAGCUGGGAGAUCCCCGUGACUUCCCAAAGCGAUGAAGGCUUUUAUGAGUGCACUGCCACCAGCAAGGUCGGGGCCACGCGAGCUCGGACCUUUGUGUCUGUCACAGAGCCGCCUCCACGUCUGCUGCCCCCGGGGAACAUCACAGCAGUGCCGGGCGCAGGAGUGAUCAUGUCGUGCCUGGUCUUGGGAGGGGAUGUUUAUAACCUGACCUGGCACCGGGAUGGGCAGCUGCUGCAGGCGGAUGAGAGCCGGGUGUGGGUGCUGGGGAACCUCUCACUGGAAAUCAACAGUGUCCAUCUGGGUGACAGUGGCCGGUACGAGUGUCUGGUGAGCAAUGAGCAUGGGACAGCAAACGCUUCCAUCUGGCUCGUGGUGCAAGAGCCACCCCGUGUGAGGGUGGACCCCAGCUUGCAGCAGUUCACCUGGGGCGAUGAGGUGAGGAUCGACUGCACAGCACUGGGGUACCCGGCACCCUGGACCUCCUGGAGACGGUGGGGCAGAGCACUGGUAACAGGUGGCAGGUUCCAUAUAGAUGCUCAGAGCACCCUGACAAUCAAGGAUGCUGUCCGAGGGGAUGCUGGGAACUAUAGCUGCUAUGCUGCCAGUCGAAUUGGAUGGGAUGAGCAAACAGCUGUUUUGGUGUAUGCAGAAUCGCCCCACAUCACUGCGGUGACACCAGUCGUCCAUGCCCUGCUGGGAGAAGAUGCGAUACUGGAGUGCCAUGUUUCGGGGGUACCCCCGCCCCAGAUCAUCUGGUACAAAGGGGAGCAAGAGGUGGCAUCUUCCCUGCCGGGCACCCAGCGUGGCAUCCUGCAGCUGCAGGCGGUCCGGGAAGGUGAUGCGGGGGAGUAUGUCUGCGAAGCCAUCAGCGAGGAGGGGGUGUCCUUUGAUGCCAUCAUACUGGAAGUUGGAGCUGCCCCUUGGUUUUCUGAACGCCCAGGGGAUGUGUCUGCUGAGAUGGGGAUGAGCGUUACUCUGCCAUGUCGUGCUGAAGGACGUCCUCCUCCCCGGGUUACGUGGUCCAGACGGGACGGGAAACCGAUUGCUGCCCAGCUCGGUCAGCUCCACAGUUCCAGCCGCUUGGGUCUGGAUGGGCUCUUUAUGGAAAGUGCAUCUCUGGAUGACCAGGCCACCUACGUCUGCGAAGCAGAGAAUGCAUUUGGGAAGAUCCAAGCUGAGGUCAAGCUCACAGUCACUGGACACGUUGCUCCUGAAAUAGCAGUAGGUUCCCCUGUGAUCCAUGCCCUGGAAGGUCACCCCGUCUCACUGCCAUGUGUGAUCCUUGCUGGGAAGCCUCUUCCCGACCGCCAGUGGCUAAAAGACGGGCAGCCUGUAACUCUGAGCAGCCCCUGGUCUGUGCGCACAGACGGUAGCUUCCACAUAGACCAGGUUUCCCAGGAGGACUCUGGGAAAUACACCUGUGAGGUCACGAACGCUGUGGGGUCCUACCGUCAGAACGUGUCUCUCAGCGUCCGCGUGCCCCCCAGCAUUGAGCCUGGUCCAGCCUUCUAUACCACCAAUGAAGGAGUGGCUGUUACUCUGCAGUGCAAUUCCAGCGGUGUUCCCAGUCCCACCGUUGUCUGGACAAAGGAAAUGGAGUCCAUCUCCUCCCAGAGCCCCCACCACCGUGUCGGCCACGACGGAAGCCUCCUCAUCUCACUGCCCUCUGCCGGGGACUCGGGGGUCUACAUCUGCACAGCAACCAACCUGGUGGGCUCCUCCAGCCAGGAAGUCCAGCUAUCUGUCAAUACCAAGCCCAGUAUUGGCAUUAACCGAUCCCAGGAGUCAACCGGGCCAGUAAGAGAACUAGCCGUGGUUGGGCAGGAGAUGACACUGCCGUGUGAAGUUCAAGGGUAUCCCCCACCGCUGGUCAUGUGGACGCAGGGAUCCCGGCCACUGCCUCUCCUCACAGCGAGGUACAGCAUCCUCCCUUCAGGCUCCCUCCGGCUGGCUGAGCCCAGGGUGACUGAUGAAGGCCUUUAUACUUGCACUGCUACAAACCCAGCUGGGAAUGCCUCCCUGAGCUACCACCUGGAAGUCCAAGUGCCUCCUCGAGUCCUCCCGGCCCCCAAGCUUUUGAGGGUGCUGUCGGGCCGCACGCUGGACCUGCCAUGUGUGGCUCAUGGUGACCCCGUGCCCACGCUCAGUUGGUUCAAGGAUGGACGUUCCCUGAGGGUAGGUGACCGGGAUUUCCUGGCGGGACCCGACGGGACGCUCAAAUUUGCGGAUGUGCGGGUCUCGGAUUCCGGGCGAUACCGCUGCAUUGCGGCCAACGGCGCUGGGGAAGAUGCCAUUGAGUUCACAGUGGAAGUGAUGGAGCUGCCCUACUUGGAAGACGGUGCGGAUGUCCUGCUGGAGCGAGUGGUCCACGAGAAUGUCACCCUGCCCUGCCCUGCCCAAGGGACGCCGAAACCAGUCAUUGUUUGGCUCAAGAAUGGUGCAGACGUCCUGAACACCUUGCCAGGUGCCUCGGUGCUGGAGGAGGGCUCCCUGGCGAUCGACUCUGUCUUGACCAGUGACAGUGGGGACUACACGUGCCUGGUGACCAACGAGGUGGGCUCUGCGACCGGCAGAGUCAAGCUGGUGGUUUAUGCACCCCCUGAGAUGAGAGGCAGCAGCCCUGAGGGGAACAUCUCAGUCUUGGCCAACCAGACCCUGACUCUGGAUUGUGAUGUGUCUGGCACCCCUGCCCCUGCAGUCACGUGGUCCAAGGAUGGGCAGCCAGUCACUGAGAGCGGCAGCCUCCGCUUCCUCCACGGAGCACAGUCCCUCAAGUUUCACAAGGUCCGGAAGGAGGACUCAGGCUCCUACACCUGCAGAGCAGUGAACAGAGCUGGGGAGGUGCAACGACGCUUCCAUCUCCUUGUCCUUGUUCCACCUGUGGUGUCUGGAUCAGGACCGCCCCACAAUGUGUCGGUGCUGGAGGGCUCUGAGAUGGUUUUACAAUGUCAAGCCAUGGGAGUGCCACCUCCCUUGGUCGAAUGGAUGAAGGAUGGACAGUCUUUCUCCCCAAUGGACACUCGUAUCCAGCUCUUGGAGGAGGGACAUGUUCUGAGGAUUGAGAACAGCCAACCUAGAGACCAAGGGAAGUACCAGUGUUUGGCGUUCAACCAGGCUGGCCAGCAAACCAAGGCUUUUCAAGUGCAUGUUCAGACGCCUCCCACCAUCUUGGGGUCCAACGAAACAGCAGAUGUGGUGGUCCUGCUGAAUCGCUCCGUCGAACUACAGUGCGAGGCUUGGGGUUCCCCUGCUCCCAGGAUCACGUGGUUCCAAGAGGAGCAUCCUAUCGUCUCCAGCACCAAGGCCGCCUACAGGGAUGGGGGGAAAGGCCUCCAGCUGAGUGUGGCCCAGGCGGCUGACGCGGGGCUUUACACCUGCCAGGCCACCAAUGUGGCUGGGAUGGCAAAGAGGGCUGUGAGGCUGGAGGUGUACGUGCCCCCCAGUAUUGAAGGACACGGCCACGAAGGCAAGGUGGUGGAAGCGGUCCUGGGUCAGCCUGUGGAGCUGGAGUGCUCGGCCACUGGCAAGCCCCCGCCUGCCCUCGCGUGGCUCAAAGACGGCCUUCUGCAGGUGGAAAGCAAUGGGACACGGCUCCUGGGGGGAGGUGCGGUGCUGAGGAUCGAGAGCGCAUCGGAGGACUCCGGAGGGAUCUACACCUGCUUGGCCAGCAGCCCGGCGGGGGAGAGCGUCAUCCAUUACUCAGUGGCGGUUCAGGCUCCUCCCCAGCUGCUGAUCGGGCAAGGGGAUGGCCACGUGAUAGCAACCGCAAAUAACUCCCUGAGCAUCCCCUGCCACGUCACAGGCUUUCCUGCCCCCAGUGUCCAGUGGCUGAAGGAUGACCGGCCAGCUGGGGAGCAGGAUGGGGUGGUGACUGCCAAGGGGAGCCAGACACUUUUGAUUCCACAUGUGAGGCUCAGUGAUGGAGGCCUCUACACCUGCAAAGCCAGCAAUAAGGCUGGCAGUGCCAGGGCAGAGGUGCAGGUGUCUGUGCAGGAGCCUCCAUCCGUCAGCAUUGUGGGGGUAGAGAGCCUCAGUAUCGCCUUCCAACAUGCCCUGGCCGUUCAGUGCCUGGCCACUGGCACCCCUGCUCCGAGCAUCGCGUGGUGGAAGGAUGGAAGCACUCUUGCAGCCAGGGGUGGCCUGCUCCAGAUUGAGCAGGUGGACUUGAUGGACGAAGGGGUUUACUCUUGCAUUGCAACAAACCCAGCCGGCGAGGAGAAGCAAGAUGUGACUGUGAAGGUGCUAGUGCCACCUAACAUCGAGCCUGGAGAAGUGAACCAGACAGUCCUGGAGGACUCUCCAGUGUCCCUGGAGUGCCUGGCCUCUGGGGUGCCUGCUCCUAGUGUGUCCUGGUUCAAGGGGCCCUGGCAGAUCUCUGCUGGGCCAGGCAUUGCCCUGUCAGGGGAUGGGAGAUUACUGCAGAUCGAGCGUGCCCAGGUCUCAGACACGGGGAGCUACCACUGUGUAGCCUCCAAUGUGGUUGGCAACAGUGAACUCCACUACAGUCUGCAGGUGAACGUGCCUCCCCAGAUCAUCUCUGGGCCCAGCCUGCUCACCGUGGUGCCCAACGAGCCGGUGCUGCUGGAGUGCAAUGCCACAGGGAUCCCCACCCCCACACUGAUGUGGCUGAAGGAUGGCAACCCCAUUGCCAGCACCGUGAUGGAGGGGCUGCAGGUCCUCUCUGGGGGACGUGUCCUCUCCCUGGCCAGUGCUCAUGUCUCGGACUCGGGGAUGUACUCUUGUGUGGCCACCAGCACGGUGGGAGAAGACAGGUGGGAUGCUGCCCUGCAGGUGCAAGUGCCCCUGAAUAUCCUGGGCGAGGAGCUGAAUGUCUCAGUCAUUGCCAACCAGUCGGUGACCUUGGAGUGCCAGAGCCCUCCUCCCUCCUCGCUGGCACCCCGCUGGCAGAAGGAUGGGUAUCCUUUCGCACAGAGCCCAGGCCUCCAGCUCUCAGCUGAUGGGGCCGUUCUCCAGAUCGAGCAAGCUCAGGUGCGAGAUGUGGGGAGGUACACGUGCGAGGUGUCCAGCCACCGGGGCCGGUCAGAAAGGCACUACAACCUGAAUGUGUGGGUUCCUCCCUCGUUCUCUUCAGAAGAGCCGGCCGUCCUGUCCGUGAGGGAGGGGCAGUCUGUCCAACUGUCCUGCGAGUGCAGCGGCAUCCCCUUCCCUAGCCUGACCUGGAAGAAGGAUGGGGAGCCCAUCUUGGUUGACUUUGGGAGCCCAGAGCUCAUCUCUGCAGGCGGGAGGCUGAUGUCCAUUGAGAAGGUGCGGACGGCGGAUGAGGGAUCAUACACCUGCGAGUGCAGCAACGCUGCUGGCCAUAGCAGCCAAGAGCACCGUCUGGAGGUGCACGCACUGCCAAAGAUCAAAGGUGGCAGCAGGGAAGGGCCAGAGAAGAUCUCUGUGGUCAGAGGCGGUGAGAAGAUGCUGGAGUGUGAGGCCACGGGAACACCACCACCGACAGUGACCUGGGUGAAGGACGGGCAGCCCGUGGUGAAUGGGGAGGGGCUUCUCCUUCAAGACCGCGGGUGGACGCUGCAUAUUCAGGAGGCACAAGUCAGCCACGCGGGACGCUACACCUGCCUAGCAGAGAAUGCAAUGGGACAGGCGGAGAGAGAGUUUGAUCUUGCGGUGUAUGUUCCCCCAGAGCUGAUUAUGGGAACAGACUCAGUGUCCAACGUCACUGUCUCUUUGCAUGCCCCCCUGAUGCUGAUCUGCGAGGCCUCUGGCAUCCCGCCCCCAGCAGCCACCUGGUUCCGGGAGGAUGCCCCUGUCGUCCCUGGGGAGUGGUUACACCUGCUCUCAGGUGGCUGGGCUUUGAGGCUGACCCGCACGCAAGCUCAAGACGGCGGUCUCUAUUCCUGCCUGGCUAGCAAUGCAGCUGGGGAAGCCAGGAAGGAUUUCAGUGUGGAGGUCCUAGUUCCUCCCAGCAUUGAGAACGAGGACAAAGAGGAGAGCGUUAAAGUGCCCGAGGGUCAGUCUGUCAACUGGUCCUGCAUUGCUACAGGCAAUCCUAAGCCAAAGAUCACUUGGCUAAAAGAUGCCCGCCCUUUGCUCCCUGGGGAAACCUACUACAUCUCACCAGAUGGAUCGGUGCUGCAGAUAAACCAAGCCCCACUUGCCAGCGCUGGCUAUUAUACCUGCGUGGCCUCCAACUCUGCGGGUGAUAAAACCAAGCACUAUCUGCUCGGCGUUCUAGUUAGCCCCACCUUUCCUGGGGCAAGCCUUGAGGACACCAUUGAAGAUGUUACCGUAGUCAUCCAUAACCCUGUAUCCCUGAUCUGUGAGGCCCUGGCCUAUCCUGCCCCUACCAUCACCUGGCUGAAGGAUGGGGCUCCUCUCCAAGCCUCCACAAAUGUCCAGUUUCUCUCUGGUGGCCACGGGCUCCAGAUCUUGAACGCCCUGGAAGAGGACGUGGGCAGAUACACCUGUGUUGUCACCAACGAGGUUGGGGAGGCCAGGAAGAGCUUUGCAGUGAGGGUCCGCGUUCCACCUUGGAUUGCCAAGGAUGACCACUUGGGGGAAUACGCUGUGGAGGAGGUGAAGACCAAGGUCAACAGCACCGUGACACUGGAGUGCAAGACCUGGGCUGUGCCCAAGCCAACCAUACAGUGGUACAAGGAUGGGCAGCUCCUGGGGAGGGACUCACACCUCCAGACUCUCAGUGAUGGGCAGAUUAUACAGAUCAGCUCCACCGGUGUCUCUGAUGCUGGGCGCUACACCUGCAUUGCUACCAACCCGGUAGGCGAAGACAGCAAGGACUUUGCUGUGCACGUUCAAGUGCCCCCCCUGUUCCAGAAGCAGGGCAAUGCCAACGCGGCCUUUGAGAUCCAGUACCGGGAGGAAGACUGGGACGGUGAGGUGACAGAGCACCGGCAGGUGGUGGUCAACUCCCCAGCCUCCCUCUACUGCGACACGAAUGCCAUCCCACCCCCCACGCUCACCUGGUCCAAGGAUGGAGAGCCCCUCUCCACUGUGGAAGGGGCCAUGAUGCUGCUAGCAGGUGGACGCGUCCUGCAGAUCCCCGUGGCCAGGGCAGAGGAUGGUGGGAGAUACACAUGUGAGGCAGCCAACGAGGCAGGCGAGGACCGCUUGCACUACGAGCUGGCAGUGCUGACUCCGCCCGUUAUCCAGGGGACCACAGAGGAGCUGGUGGAAGAGGUGACAGCACUUGCUAACAGCACAGCUCACCUGAAGUGUGAGGCCAGUGGGAACCCAUCACCCACCGUGUCCUGGUUCCAGAACAACCUUGCCCUCCAUGCUGGGCCACGGCACCACAUCCUGGAAGACGGCCAGCUCCUUCAGGUGGCUGCGGCACAGGUGAAAGACGCUGGCAACUACAUGUGUGUGGCAAAGAAUCAGGCAGGCUCUGCAGAGAAGCUCUUUGCUCUCGUGGUUCAAGUUCCACCAAGGAUAGCGGGAGCCAAUCCAGAAAGCAUCAGCACUAUCAUCGAUAGCAGCGUCUCCCUCAUUUGUGACGUCCAGUCGCAUCCUGCCCCUGAGAUCACCUGGUACAAGGACGGUCAUGCCCUGCUGCCCAGCAAGGAGGUCUCCAUCAUCCCAGGCUCUCAGAUCCUACAGAUCCCCCGAGCCCAGGUGACCAGCGCGGGGGAGUACACGUGCGUGGCACUGAAUGCUGCUGGCAGAGACGAGAAGCUGUUCCUUCUCAGCGUUCAUGUGCCUCCCACCAUCAGGCAGCCCCCCGAAGGCCUGCAGGAUGUCGUGGUGGUGCGUGUUGGAGAGACUGCAGUUCUGCAAUGCGAGACGGAUGCUCAGCCGGAGCCUGUGGUCACCUGGUACAAGAACAGGCACCAGCUGGGCCUUGGGAAUGGUGCUCGGACCCUGCAGAAGGGGCAAAGGCUGGAGAUAGAGAAUGCCCAGGUGUCGGAUAAAGGGCUCUACAGCUGCAAGGCCACCAACGUGGCUGGAGAGGCAGAGCAGGCCUUUGUGCUUGCCGUCCAAGUUCCCCCAAGCAUCAAGAACCCACAGCAGGAGACCAUUGAUGGUGCUGCAGGGAACCUCCUCAUCCUCACCUGCAAUGCAGUCGGCAUGCCCCCUCCGGCCAUCACCUGGCUGAAGGACGGGUCCCCGCUUGAGAGCAGCGCUGAGUGGGGUGUGGUGUCCCGAGGGGGACAGCUCCAGAUCAGCUCCCUGCAGCUGUUCCACGAGGGCCGUUACACCUGCCUGGCGCAGAGCCUGGAUGCGGAGGCGCGCAAAGAUUUCAUUGUGUCCGUGCAAGUGGCACCAAGAAUCCUGGGGGCAGGUGUCCCCAGCGAGCACAGCGUCCCGGAGGGCCGAGGGGUGAGACUGGACUGUGAGGCGAAGGGACAGCCAGAGCCAGAGAUCACGUGGCUGAAGGAUGGGAAACCGCUGGAGCUGCAUGAUGCCCCUCGCCUGUGGCUGUCUCCUGAUGGGAGCUCCCUGCUCCUGGAGGGCUUGCAGGCCUCUGACUCAGGGGCAUACACCUGCCUGGCUCAGAGCAGUGCUGGCGAGGACACCAAACUGCACACACUGACUGUCCUGGUGCCCCCUUCCAUCGAGAGAGGCACCAAUGACUCCACGGUCCUGAGCAGCAUCCCCCUGGGGCUGGUUACCAUGGAGUGCCCGGCCAGGGGCUCCCCUCCCUUGCAGAUCAGCUGGCUGAAGGAUGGCCUGCCCCUCCCGCUGUCCCACCGGGUGAGCCUGCUGUCCGCAGGGCGAGCCCUCAGGGUCUCCCAGGUGCAGGUCUCGGAUGGGGGAAUCUACACCUGCGUUGCCUCCAGCCCGGCGGGGGUGGCCGAGCAGAGCUUCAUCCUGCAGAUACAGGUUCCACCAGUCCUGGAGCCCUCGGAGAGCAACGAGGACCUGACGGCAAUCCAGGGCACGGCAGUGACCUUCCCCUGCGAAGCCAGGGGCUCGCCAUUCCCCACCCUGUCCUGGCUGAAGGAUGGCGAGCCCUUGAGCUUGCAAAGCAACCUGGUCUCCAGCAGCCAGGGCACACAGCUGUCCCUGGAGGCGGUACAGCCAGAGGACUCAGGCGUGUACUCGUGCGUUGCCGUGAACGAGGUCGGCGAGGCCAGUAGACACUUCCACCUCUCUGUCAUGGAGCCUCCGCGGAUCCAGGAUUUGGCCCAGCCCACCGAAGUGACCGCCGCUGUGGGCGACCCAUUAGAAUUGCCAUGCGCGGCGGCCGGGGUCCCGAUGCCCAGCCUCACCUGGGAGAAAGAUGGUCAGCCCCUCGCGAGGUCCGGCUUUGUGCCUGGGAACGGGAGUGCCCUCCGUGUAGACAGCGUGCAGGCGGAUGAUGCUGGCUUGUACACCUGCCUAGCAGUGAGUCCCGCAGGCGAGGACAGCAGGAGCUUCAGGGUCAAGAUCCAAGCAGCACCACCUCCCUUUGUGGGCGAGAUGCGCUCCCUGACAGCUCUGGCUAAUGGGCAGCUCAUCCUGGAAUGCCCUGCAGAUGCCAGCCCUCCUCCCCAUAUCGAGUGGCACCGAGAAGGAUCCCUGCUCCAGGAGGAUGCCCGCAUGCAGUUCCUGGCCGAAGGGCGCUUCCUCCAGAUUGAGGCCGUGGCAGUGCCCGAUGGGGGCGAAUAUAGCUGCACCGCGAGCAACCAUCUGGGGACAACCAGCCUGCGCUUCCAGGUGGAGAUCCACGUCCCCCCUGUGAUAAAGCCAGGUCCUUUGACGGUCAAUGUGUCUGACAACCGGUCAGCUGUGCUGCCCUGCCAGGCGGAGGGGUGGCCCCGGCCCCAGGUCACGUGGAGGAAGGACGGCCUGCUCCUGCCCCCGGAUGGCAACCCGAGGUUGGAAAUCCUGCCAGAUGGCUCCCUAAGAAUAGACCCAGUUCAAGCCUGGGACUCGGGUUAUUAUCUCUGUGUAGCGUCCAGCCCUUCUGGGUCCGACCGACGGGGCCUGGACUUCAAAGUCUUGGUCCCUCCUGCCAUUGCUCCGGGGCCCUCCAACCUCACGCUCACAGCUCACCGCCAAGCCUCCCUUGCCUGUGAAGCUACUGGAUUCCCCGAGCCCCAAGUGACCUGGAGGAGGAAUGGCCAGCCUUUGAACUUGAACCUUCCUCAGAGCCCCUACAGGUUGCUGUCCUCGGGGUCUCUGCUGAUCACCAGCCCCAGCCUCCGGGACACGGCGCAGUUUGAGUGUGUCGUGACGAACCUGGUGGGAGAGGAUCGCAGGCUCUUCAGCAUCUCUGUGCAGGUCCCUCCCACGAUCGCCGAUGACCGGACAGACUUCACGGCCAUCAAGAUGUCCCCGGCCAUUCUGACCUGCUACACCACUGGGGUGCCGGCACCGGCUGUGUCCUGGAGCAAAGAUGGGGCCCAGCUGGGAAACCGAGGCAGCAGCUACCGCAUCUUGCCCACGGGGGCUUUGGAGAUCAACCAGGCAAUGCCCGUUCAUGCUGGGCGCUAUACCUGCACGGCAAGAAAUGCUGCUGGCAUGGCACACAAGCACCUCCUGCUUGCGGUGCAAGAGCCCCCAGUGGUAAAGCCCCUGCCCCGCCUGAUGCAGGUGGUGCUCAAUUCUGGUGUGGUCUUGCCCUGCGAGGCAUCCGGGCUGCCUCGCCCAGUGAUCACGUGGCAGAAGGAAGGGAUCAACAUCCCUGCAGCAGGAGCUGGUUUCAGGGUGCUCCCCAAUGGGCACCUCCAUUUGCUACGUGCCACUGUGGAGGAUGCUGGGAAUUACCUGUGCAUGGCACAGAACCCCUCGGGCACAGCACUGGGGAAGACCCGGCUGAUCGUGCAAGUGCCCCCAGUGGUUGAGGCUGGCCCAGCGGAGCUGUCUGUCCCUGAAGGCUUGCAAGUCCUCCUGCCCUGUGCCGCGCGGGGGAUCCCCGAGCCCAGGAUCACCUGGUCAAAAGACGGGGCCGUGGUGCGAGGGGACAAUGGGAAGUUCACCUUCCUGCAGUCGGGGGAGUUGAUCGUCAAGGAUGCCCAGGCCGGGGAUGCCGGGACAUACACCUGCACUGCAGAAAACGCAGCCGGGAGAGCUGCCCGCCAGCUCCGCCUGACUGUCCUCGUGCCCCCCGCCUUCACCGAGCUGCCGGGGGACCUGUCACUGAGCACGGGCGAGGGACUGGAGCUUGUCUGUGGCGCUAAGGGGAACCCGAUGCCCCGCAUCACCUGGACCAUGUACAACCAGCCUGUCACGAGUGGCAUCUCAGAGCGGAGUGGCCGGAGCACCUUGCAGAGAGACAGUGUCACCAAGGAGGACAGUGGCACCUACAUCUGCACUGCCGAGAACAGCGCUGGCAGCAUCAAGGCCAUCGGUUUUGUCUACGUGAAAGAGGCUCCUGUCCUGCAAGGGGAGGUCAGUGCCUACCAGGUGGAGCCCCUGGGGGCCAACGCCCUCCUGGACUGCGAAGCCUAUGGCGACCCUGCCCCUGUCAUCCACUGGGACAAGAACGGGAUCCCCGUGCAGGGCAGCCAUCACCUGCGGCAGCUCCAGAACGGCUCCCUGGCCAUCUCUGGGACGGUGAGCGAUGAUGCGGGGCACUACACAUGCGUGGCGGAGAACGAAGUGGGCGCCGUGGAGAAGGUGGUUACCCUCGCCCUGCAGAGCCUCCCCGUGUUCAGUGCCGAACCCCAGGAUGCGGUGGCGAGCGUGGGCGAGAGGGUGCUGCUGCACUGCCAGGCGGCGGGGGAGCCAACCCCUAUGGUGGAGUGGACCCGGGAUGGGGAGCCCUUGCUGGAGAACCACCGCGUCCAGGUCCUGCCCAACUCCACGCUGCUGCUCAGUGCCGUGGAGGAGGCUGAUGCGGGGCAGUACGAGUGUGUUGCUCGCAACCUCCUGGGAACCUCCAUCGCCCAGGCUGUCCUAACUGUGCAAGGAGAGCCCCUCCAGGUCCGGGGCAGUCUGAUCGGCAUCAUUAACAACAAGGAAUUUGGCAUCGCCUCUCUGAACAGCAGUGUGACAGAGGAGCUCCGCUCGGGCAUCACCACCGUACGCAGCAGCAUCCGGAAUAUCCCGCCAGCGGUUGGGCCACUGAUGAGGGUCUUGGUCGCUGUCAUCGCUCCCAUCUACUGGUCCUUUGCGCAUCAGAGUGGCAGCACAGUGAAUGGCUUCGCACUGACCAGAGGCAUCUUCAAGCAGGAGUCGCAGAUGGAAUUUGCUACAGGGGAACUCCUGCGCAUCACGCACAUCGCCCGGGGCCUGGAGGCAGGCAGGGAGCUGCUGCUCGAUGUUGUGGUCAAUGGGUUUGUGCCUGAGAGCAUCGCUAGGGCAGCCGUGCUGCUGCAGGCUUUCAGUGAGCACUACGUGCAGACGGGGGCCGGGCAGCUGCAUGCGGGCUCUGUGCAGAGCUUCCUGCAGGAUGGGCGCAGGGUGCGUGCCCGCUGCAACCACACCAUUGAGUACGACCCCACGCUGGGCUUCCAGCCCACCCUAGUGCAACAUGUCCGGGCCCGGUCUGUGGAGGCCUCCUUUGACCCAGCCUCCGAGGAGCUCCGCUUCCAGCUCGGCACCUCCCUCCAUGCAGGGGCGAAUGGAGACCAGUGUCCCCAGGGUUUCACCAAAGACCCACAGCAGCAUUACUGCCUAGAUCAGAACGAGUGCGCUGCCCCCAGGCGCCCGUGUUCACACACCUGCCACAACUCUGUGGGCAGCUUCUCCUGCUCCUGCCCUGGUGGCUACACCCUGGCGCUGGACCGCAGGAAGUGCAGAGAUGUGGACGAGUGCAUGCAGGGCACCCACGCCUGCCACCUGGGCCAGCGGUGCGUGAACUUGGUGGGGUCGUACCGCUGCCUACUGCGCUGCGGGGCUGGUUUCCGCCCGGGCGUGGAUGGAGCCGGGUGUGAAGAUGUCAACGAAUGCAUGGAGGGGUCCCAUGCCUGCCGCUACAACCAGCUCUGCGAGAACACUGUCGGUGGCUACCACUGUGCAUGCCCUCGGGGCUACCAGUCCCAGGGCACCGGCCGCCCCUGCCUGGACAUAAAUGAAUGCCUGCACGUGCCUUCGCCAUGUGCUUUCCAGUGCCACAAUCUCCAGGGCAGCUACAAGUGCCUGUGCCCACCAGGGAAGGCCUUACUCAGGGAUGGCAGGUCUUGUGCCGCACUGGAGAGGGCCGAGGGCAACAUGACUGAUGCCCACAGAGGGGCCCAUCUGCAGUGGCUCAGACUGCCCAACCCCUCGCAUGGCAGGUCCUAUUACACCUGGUUCUCCUUCAGCCCAGCCAGGAACACCUUGAGCCGCAGCAGCCGAGCCCAGUGUCCGCUGGGAUUCACCAGGCGGAGCGGCGCAUGCAUUGAUCUUGAUGAGUGCCAGGCCCAGAAUCUGUGCCAGCAUGAGUGCAAAAACACCGAGGGCAGCUACCGAUGCCUGUGUCCUCCUGGCUACCGCCUGCUGCCUAACGGGAAGACCUGCCAAGACAUAGAUGAAUGUGCAGAUGGGAGGACACGGUGCAGUCCAGCCCAGCUGUGCUUUAAUACGCGUGGAGGCUCCCAGUGCGUGCACACACCCUGCCCUGCUGGCUACUGGAGAGGCACCAGCCCGGGAGUGUGCCUCCGCCGCUGCCUGGGGGACUGCAGCCUGGGCGGCCCCUCGGCCUUGCAGUACAAGCUCCUCCCGCUGCCCUUUGGCAUCCUGGCCGGCCAUGACAUUGUGCACUUGGCUGCGCUCUCCCCGGGCGGCGCACCCCACAACCGUACCCUCUUCCAUGUGCUGGAGCAGGACCCAGGCAGCCCCUUCGCUGUGCGGGCCGAGCGGGGCCGCGGCGUCAUCUCCACGCUGCGCCCGCUCCAUGCCCCCGGCCUCUACCGCCUCAAGGUGCAGGCUCAGGCUGUGGGUGAGCAGCAGGUACACAGCGUCUUCAUCAUCCUCAUCUCGGUCUCACCCUACCCCUACUGAGAGCAGGCUGGGCUGGGGAAGGUGUGCGGAAAGACCCAGCCCCGCCAGACCUUGCUCUCUUCUCCCUCUGUUCUUGACCAUGUCUCCAGGACGGGGUGCCUUGCUCUGUCUGGGAAGCCCACUCUGCUUUGCUGUGUCUGUGCUUCAGAUCCCUGUGCCCCGUUCCCUGCCCUGAGUUUGGUGCCCUCCAAGAGGCUUCAGGUGACCCUGUCAAACUCCCUCCUGCCUGCAUCUGCUUGGCUGUCCCUCUCCCUCCCAGUUCAGCCCCUUGGCUUGCUACCAGCUCACUGCACUGACCCCUUGGGACAGCCUCAGGGCUGUUUUGGAUACCUCUGCCUCCUGAUCUGCUGUCAGCUGGACUUUCCUCAGGGCAUCAGCCGCUGACACAGCAGAGGAGCGAGCGCCCGGGACGUGGCAGGGUGCUGGGCCUCUGGGAUGCUGCACUGUGCCAUUGUGAGUGCAGCGGGGGCUGUGGUGGGUGUAGGGGAGGCGAAGGUUUGCUGCAGCCUGGGAUCCUCCUGCAAACAUCAGGUGCUGGGGCAAUCGCUGUUGCGACAGGGCGGCUAUCCCUGUGCCUGUUGUCAUGUGCCGCCUCUAACCAAACACAGCUCCUGCAAGGCCUUGGCUGCAGUCAGGGUCAGAUACGGAGGAUCGGGGCAGAGGUGCCAGCAGCCUGCUUAGAUCAGGGUUUUGGCUCUUUGGAAUAUACAUUGCUCAGGAGCCUUGGGGGGAGAUGCUGGAGUCACUUGGCCAUGGCGGAUGUGCGUUAUAGCAAGGCCCAACCCAGAUGUCAGCCCUGUUGUGCCAGGCACUGUUGCAGACACGUCAGAUCAGCUGCUGCCCCAGCCACAUCAGUGAGGUUCAGCCUGUGGCCCCUGAGCUGCAGCUUCCCUGCAGCUCUCUGCAGACCUUGUGAUCAAAGGAGUUCCUCACCCCGUCCCUCCUCCUAGCAUGGGGUAGGUCUUUCCUGUCCCUGUGGAUCGCUGUCUGACAAGCCGUCUCCAUCCCUCAAGCCUUGUUGGACCGUGCAGAUAUUAACAUACUCUCAUUUUCUCUCCUGAGCUGGAGCCUAUUAGCCCCAGUUCACCCAGGGAUGCGUGUGCUGUUGGGUCUCCUUGGUUCACACCCACGGCUCAUAGCUCCAGAGCGGGUCAGGACUGAGUGUUACAGAGGUAGGAGCAGAAAUGGGUGCAACUUCCCCGGGCCACAAGCAACAUCAGGAGUUGAAACCGAGUCCCAGCACAGUGCCCCGUCCUCUUGAUUCUGCCUUAUGAAUGCCCAGGGGUGCAUGCCUCUGAGAUGCAAGUGGUAUCCCUGACAAUGAACUAGGGUUUGCAAACCAGCCUGGUGCUGCACAGGUCCCAUCAUGGUCCCUAGGCUAGGGGCAUGCUGUGCUGAGUUGUGGUGGGGGUAGGAGGUGAGGUUUGAAGGGCCAGGGGGUAGGGGCAGGGCCGGGCGGGAGCUCUGGGACUGUCGUGUUGCUCUGUUCCAAGUGCGGUGUCGCUGUGCUCAGUCACAGUCAUAGAAACAAUUAAGCUGGUUCCUCUGCACCUGUAUUUAUUGCUGGUUUUGUUCCAAAUAAAGCUGUUU